AAAAUGUUUCUUUAAUAUGUGAUUUACAUAGACUUUCGACAUUUUUGUUCCGGUUAUGUAGCAGGAAGUUUGCUUUAACUGCGCAGUUAAAGUCAGAUCGCGUUCUUUACGGGCCAAGGAACAUAAACACUGGAAAAGAUGAUUGGAUUUUUGGCCGUGCUGCUUGUUCUACGUCUGCUGUUCGCCGCUAGUGAGAUCCAGGACACAAAUAAGAUGUAUACUUCCGGUUCUGAUGCUCUGUAUAACUGCUCAUCCGUCGAAGAAAUAUGCAAAGUGCCUAUUCCGAGUUCGUAUAACAACUGCUCGAGGGCUGGGGUUUGGAAGAACGAGCUCCAAUCAGUCAUGCGAAUCACGUGCAUUCAAGGGCAAAUAAGGGGCUUCUACUGUAGCGCCGUUGGGAAGGCGAAGUCCUACUAUCCGUUGUCAGGAAGAUACUUGGUUGCCAGGGGUAACUCGGUCAUCAUGGGAUGGACCGUCGCAUGGCAGAACCCCAGUGGAAAUAAUCAGUCGUCGACGUCAUGGUCCGCCAUAUCGUACACGGGUGACGUCAUCGAGAGUCAAUGGCUGCUGACGUCAUAUUCGACGGAGCUUUGGAGAACAGUCAUGAGCAAUCGCGAUCGGUUCAUGAAAGUUAGAUGUUAGUCUUCUCAUCUGCGAAAACAAUGUAUCUUUCUUGAGUGGACGUUCUAUAAACACUGCAAAUAUUUAAAAGGGCUUGACUGAUAUACUCUUAGAAAUAAGCACUAUUAUGACUGACCUUGAUUUUAAAAGUUCUACGAAAAUCUAGUGCAAUACUAUAAUUGCAUGCAAAAUGUAUGUUCAUUUCUUAUGUAUCUUUAUUUGCAAUAAAUCUUUAACGCUGAA